AUGAGACACGAGAGGAGAACAACCGAGGGAAUAUUGAUUUUGAUUCCAUCAUUUAUUGUAUUGGGUUUUGCUCAAAUAAAACUAAUCUUAUGGCUUGGUUUAAUACUUUUUUCAAUUGCUUCAAGUAUUGUUAUUAAUGUCAUCAAUAGUUUUGCAUCGAAAUAUGGUUUAGAAAGUGAAAAAGGUACUAUUUUAGGUACAUUUAGAAGUUUACAAGCACUUGCUCGAGCUAUUGGACCAUUAAUUGCAUCAUUUGCAUAUUGGUCAAUUGGUGAACAGACAACAUAUGUAUUUGGUGGUUUAUUACUCUUAUGUCCAGUUUUUAUUCUUAUUAAUGUUCACCAACGUUUUAAACGGAUGCGUUUAAUGCCAACAAUACUUGUAUCUGAAGUCAAAGAUGAUUGA